AUGGUUCCAAAGCUGCUCAAUUCCCGAUUCUGUCUGCUUCUGCCGCUGGUGCUCAUGGCGAUGGUGGGCUCCUUCCAUGCCAAACCUCCUCAGUUUACCUGGGCUCAGUGGUUUGAGAUCCAGCACAUAAAUAUGACCAACCCCCAAUGCACUAUUGCAAUGCGGGUAAUUAACCGUUACUAUCCACAAUGUAAAAGGAGGAAUACUUUUCUUCAUACAACCUUUGCUGCUGUAGCUGGUGUUUGUGGUACCCCAAAUACACCCUGCGUUUCAAACAGCAGUAGAACAAAUUGUCAUAACAGUUCAGUCCCGGUGGCUAUAACCUAUUGUAACCUCACAAGUCGACCAACUCCUGUUGCAAACUGCAGAUAUACAAACACAGCGGCACAGAGUCUCUAUGUAGUUGCUUGUAACAACAGGGAUCCACAGCGGGACUCUCUGCUGUAUCCAGUGGUUCCAGUUCACUUGGAUGCAAUCUAA